AUGUUUGCUCCUAACUAUUUCUUGCUUGUGCGCAGGAUUAGGGUUGGAGAGGAGGAAGGGGGGCUGGAGUGGGUGGAAAGCAUUUUGGAGAGGGGGAAGGGGGCUGGAGUGGGUGGAAAGCAUGCAGGAGAGGGGGAAAGGGGGCUGGAGUGGGUGGAAAGCAUUUUGGAGAGGGGGAAGGGGGGCUGGAGUGGGUGGAAAGCAUUUUGGAGAGGGGGAAGGGGGGCUGGAGUGGGUGGAAAGCAUGCAGGAGAGGGGGAAGGGGGGCUGGAGUGGGUGGAAAAGCAUGCAGGAGAGGGGGAAGGGGGGCUGGAGUGGGUGGAAAGCAUGCAGGAGAGGGGGAAGGGGGGCUGGAGUGGGUGGAAAGCAUGCAGGAGAGGGGGAAGGGGGCUGGAGUGGUGGAAAGCAUGCAGGAGAGGGGGAAGGGGGGCUGGAGUGGGUGGAAAGCAUGCAGGAGAGGGGGAAGGGGGGCUGGAGUGGGUGGAAAGCAUGCAGGAGAGGGGGAAGGGGGGCUGGAGUGGGUGGAAAGCAUGCAGGAGAGAGGGAAGGAGGGCUGGAGUGAGUGGAAAGCAUGCAGGAGAGGGGGAAGGGGGGCUGGAGUGGGUGGAAAGCAUGCAGGAGAGGGGGAAGGGGGGCUGGAGUGAGUGGAAAGCAUGCAGGAGAGGGGGGAAGGGGGGCUGGAGUGGGUGGAAAGCAUGCAGGAGAGGGGGAAGUGCGGCUGGAGUGAGUGGAAAGCAUGCAGGAGAGGGGGAAGGGGGGCUGGAGUGGGUGGAAAGCAUGCAGGAGAGGGGGAAGGGGGGCUGGAGUGGGUGGAAAGCAUGCAGGAGAGGGGGGAAGUGGGGCUGGAGUGGGUGGAGAGCAUGCAGGAGAGGGGGAAUGGGGGCUGGAGUGGGUGGAAAGCAUGCAGGAGAGGGGGAAUGGGGGCUAAGGUGGGUGGAAAGCAUGCAGGAGAGGGGGAAGGGGGGCUGGAGUGGGUGGAAAGCAUGCAGGAGAGGUGGAAGUGGGGCUGGAGUGGGUGGAAAGCAUGCAGGAGAGGGGAGGGGGGGCUGGAGUGGGUGGAAAGCAUGCAGGAGAGGGGGAAGUGGGGCUGGAGUGGGUGGAAAGCAUGCAGGAGAGGGGGAAGGGGGGCUGGAGUGGGUGGAAAUCAUUUUGGAGAGGGGGAAGGGGGGCUGGAGUGGGUGGAAAGCAUGCAGGAGAGGGGGAAAGGGGGCUGGAGUGGGUGGAAAGCAUGCAGGAGAGGGGGAAUGGGGGCUAAGGUGGGUGGAAAGCAUGCAGGAGAGGGGGAAGGGGGGCUGGAGUGGGUGGGAAAGCAUGCAGGAGAGGGGGAAGUGGGGCUGGAGUGGGUGGAAAGCAUGCAGGAGAGGGGGAAGGGGGGCUGGAGUGGGUGGAAAGCAUGCAGGAGAGGGGGAAGGGGGGCUGGAGUGGGUGGAAAGCAUGCAGGAGAGGGGGAAAGGGGGCUGGAGUGGGUGGAAAGCAUUUUGGAGAGGGGGAAGGGGGGCUGGAGUGGGUGGAAAGCAUUUUGGAGAGGGGGAAGGGGGGCUGGAGUGGGUGGAAAGCAUGCAGGAGAGGGGGAAGGGGGGCUGGAGUGGGUGGAAAAGCAUGCAGGAGAGGGGGAAGGGGGGCUGGAGUGGGUGGAAAGCAUGCAGGAGAGGGGGAAGGGGGGCUGGAGUGGGUGGAAAGCAUGCAGGAGAGGGGGAAGGGGGGCUGGAGUGGGUGGAAAGCAUGCAGGGAGAGGGGGAAGGGGGGCUGGAGUGGGUGGAAAGCAUGCAGGAGAGGGGGAAGGGGGGCUGGAGUGGGUGGAAAGCAUGCAGGAGAGGGGGAAGGGUGGCUGGAGUGGUUGGAAAUCAUUUUGGAGAGGGGGAAGGGGGGCUGGACUGUGGGUGGAAAGCAUGCAGGAGAGGGGGAAAGGGGGCUGGAGUGGGUGGAAAGCAUGCAGGAGAGGGGGAAUGGGGGCUAAGGUGGGUGGAAAGCAUGCAGGAGAGGGGGAAGGGGGGCUGGAGUGGGUGGAAAGCAUGCAGGAGAGGGGGAAGUGGGGCUGGAGUGGGUGGAAAGCAUGCAGGAGAGGGGGAAGGGGGGCUGGAGUGGGUGGAAAGCAUGCAGGAGAGGGGGAAGGGGGGCUGGAGUGGGUGGAAAGCAUGCAGGAGAGGGGGAAAGGGGGCUGGAGUGGGUGGAAAGCAUUUUGGAGAGGGGGAAGGGGGGCUGGAGUGGGUGGAAAAGCAUUUUGGAGAGGGGGAAGGGGGGCUGGAGUGGUGGAAAGCAUGCAGGAGAGGGGGAAGGGGGGCUGGAGUGGGUGGAAAGCAUGCAGGAGAGGGGGAAGGGGGCUGGAGUGGGUGGAAAAGCAUGCAGGGAGAGGGGGGGAAGGGGGGCUGGAGUGGGUGGAAAGCAUGCAGGAGAGGGGGAAGGGGGGCUGGAGUGGGUGGAAAGCAUGCAGGAGAGGGGGGAAGGGGGGCUGGAGUGGGUGGAAAGCAUGCAGGAGAGGGGGGAAGGGGGCUGGAGUGGGUGGAAAGCAUGCAGGAGAGGGGGAAGGGGGGCUGGAGUGGGUGGAAAGCAUGCAGGAGAGAGGGAAGGAGGCUUGGAGUGAGUGGAAAGCAUGCAGGAGAGGGGGAAGGGGGGCCUGGAGUGGGUGGAAAAGCAUGCAGGAGAGGGGGAAGGGGGGCUGGAGUGGUGGAAAAGCAUGCAGGAGAGGGGGAAGGGGGGCUGGAGUGGGUGGAAAGCAUGCAGGAGAGGGGGAAAGGGGGCUGGAGUGGGUGGAAAGCAUUUUGGAGAGGGGGAAGGGGGGCUGUGAGUGGGGUGGAAAGCAUUUUGGAGAGGGGGAAGGGGGGCUGGAGUGGGUGGAAAGCAUGCAGGAGAGGGGGAAGGGGGGCUGGAGUGGGUGGAAAAGCAUGCAGGAGAGGGGGAAGGGGGGCUGGAGUGGGUGGAAAGCAUUUUUGGAGAGGGGGAAGGGGGGCUGGAGUGGGUGGAAAGCAUGCAGGAGAGGGGGAAGGGGGGCUGGAGUGGAUGGAAAGCAUGCAGGAGAGAGGGAAGGAGGGCUGGAGUGAGUGGAAAGCAUGCAGGAGAGGGGAAGGGGGGCUGGAGUGGGUGGAAAGCAUGCAGGAGAGGGGGAAGUGGGGCUGGAGUGGGUGGAAAGCAUGCAGGAGAGGGGGAAGGGGGGCUGGAGUGGGUGGAAAUCAUUUUGGAGAGGGGGAAGGGGGGCUGGAGUGGGUGGAAAGCAUGCAGGAGAGGGGGGAAAGGGGGCUGGAGUGGGUGGAAAGCAUGCAGGAGAGGGGGAAUGGGGGCUAA